AUGCCAGCGCACGGCCUCACGUGUACUAUAGUGUUACUUUGUGGUCUCUCUCUUAUCGUGCUCCAGUACACCCAAAGGCUCGGCCUUCUCGCGAUCAUUGCUUCGACCCUUGCCAUCGCCAUCUCGGACCAAGUUGAUGUUCUGAGGGCUAGAGGCGUUUUGCAGAGCCAGAUGGUUCAGCCUACUAAAGGAGAAAUGGAGCAUCCGGAAGAUGAGUGUCGGAUGGUUGGUGAACAUCAUGGUAAACAUGAUGAUGAGGAAAGUGCUGCACGUCUUGAGGAAUAUAAGAAAUCAAUUGAGGGGAAACUUGCUCUUCGUCAUAGCAAUCUGAAUCCUGAAAGGCCUGUGAAAUUGGUCUUCUUAUGUGUGAAGUAUGGAGGAGAGGUGGCGAGCUAUGUCUGUCCUUUUUUUUAAAAAUCUGAUACAAGAUCCCUUGUCCAUGUGCCUGAGUCCUGCACCCCCCCUCCAACCCACAAAAAAAAAAGGAAGAAAAAUCCAGCAUCAGUUGGCUACAUACAGUUGUUAGCAGUUUCAACCAAGACUCUGGUGUUGGCAUGAUGUGCUUAUUAUGAUGGAAUAUAGUAUGUCCACUUGGAAUGCGCUGGUAUGGAAAGUUAUGCUAGCUUGCAGAUUCAUUUUGUUUUAAAUAGAUCAAUUAUAUUGCUUUGUACUAGUGCUUAGACAUGUUUUAGACAAAUAAAUAUAGUCUUAAUUAGUCCGUAGAAAUUGGGAAUCAUUAAUCAUCUUACAUAUCUAUACAUACUGGGAUUUAACACUUGCAUUGCGUGAUUUGUCAAAACUAACAUUUCUGAACAGUUGUAUACACCUAUUACAAUACAAAUAAGCUCAAAUCUAUGAUAUAACAAUAUGAGUAUUGCAACUAUUUUUACACGUUAAUAGCAGACUUUUAGUGUUGUAAAAAUAUUGUCAGCACUAUGGGAAGUUCAUAUUACUAAUGGUACUAAGGAAUGCUUAUAUACUAUGUCAUACCAAUUUAUAAUCUUUGGUCAAACUACAUGCCGACUUUUAUUGCUAUUAUGUUCAAUUGUUGAUCACAGUUUCAAAUCCUAUUAGAAAAGGUAGUUAUGAAGUGAUUCAGAUCAUUUUGCAAAGAUACUAAAAGGUUGUUUAGAUUGGGUAUGGGUUAAAACAGGAAAAUUCAGCAUAAGGCUAUACUGCUACAUACUAGCAUGUACUGAUGCGUAUUGAAACAACACAAACUGAUACAAAGUCAAUAUGCAUUUAUACAGAUCAGCACACUUGCUAGAGGUGUGCAUCCUUGUACCGGGUGGAUAAACUGUCAGCACAUAUAUGUUGUUGAUAUUGCAUGAAAGGGAAGGUGCUCUGAAUGUUUAUUACAUCAAUGUAUGGCCGCAAAAUCAGAUUGAAAAAACAAUUAUAUAGUGAUUGACAUUUCAUCAGCCAGAAUUCGCAAACAUUUGCGGUUGGAGAGAAUUUUGAGAACUUGCUAGAAGACUUUCCGAUCUGUAGAUAAAUUAGUGGAUAUUUCUUUGGACUUUCCAGGUAUUGGGUUAUGGUGUUUACAAAUGGUUACCUAAUUUUGCUGUCCUUAGGUACUGUUCAUCAUUGGAAUGAUUUUUUUCUUUUUUGGGGUCUAGGAUAGCCUCCUCAUUUAACUCUCAUUCUUUUCUGGAUACUAGACUACUCAAUUACUUUGUACACUGAGUGGUUGAUGAAAGGUUUCAGAAACUUUUCCCCCUUGGCUGGGCCCAUCAAAUUUAUGUUACAGGAAUUCUCUGUUUCCUUCAAAAAAUUCAGUGAAAAAUAGAAAAAAAUUCAGAGAUGGAAACAUGCCAAGGGGAAAAGUUGUAUUAUUUGGAAUGUUGGAAGCAUGCUAAGGGGAAAAAGUUGUAUUAUUUGGAAUGAUUGAAUGUACGAUUCCAAUGUUUUUAGACAGAAAGUCUUAAACUGACAAUAUUUAAGGACAAGGUCAUAUCUAAACCAACAAAAAAUGCUAAAUAAUUGUGUCACACAUCACUUUGCAGUCUAUGUUAUUCAACUGCUUGAUAAUGAUCUAAAACUACAGAGAUGUAAUGAUGUAUAAUUGUUGACUUGAUGUUAGGGAUGGCAACAGGUUGGAUAGGCAAUUACCUGUACCCGCCCUGUACUUGCCUCGAGGCCGGGUGGGUAGAGUUAGAAGGGGCAUAUUGGAGGAUUAGGUCGGGUAAAGCUGUAAAAAUCAUUAUUUUUUGCAUACAAAUCAUUUUUUUUUGUCUCAUUAGGGGAUUUGUGAAGAGUCAUAUAUAUCUGGGUCGGGCACGGGGCAGGUUUUGCCAUUACUCAUACCCGCUUUGGAUCCAUAGCGGGUCGGGUAGAGGCUAGAGUAAAAAUAUACGGCUUAGAAAGGAAAUGAUUUUUAAGGGUGGCUUAACUUAGUUUGGUUGGGCUUUAAAAACCAUUUCACCCUGAUUCUGUCUUCUAGUUUUAAAAAAGUGCUAGAGUCAGACAUCAAAGAUAGGCAAGGGAGAGAGUGCAGGCAUCUUGCAACCCAACAGAGAGCAAAACUUGUUUGCAAGGUUCGCCAUCUUUGGUAGCGGAUCUCGUACCGUUGCCAUCAUGGUAUAGUGACAGUAUCUUCGUAAGGGGUAGGUUCAGCUUACCAAUACUCAAUACACCUCUCAUACCGCGUACCGGUAGGUAUACACCAGUAUUGACCCCUACGACAUACCAUACUUGGUUGAGUGAUUAACUUAGCUAGUCUUCGCCUUUGACCUGACCAGGAGAGAAUAUACGGUCAAGCCUAGCCACCCUUCCUCACCUGCCCGAAUGGAAUACAUAUUUCCAUCAUCUAGUUGAGAAGGGAAAAGGCCCGACAUGGAACUAGAUCGUGAGUCUUCUAAACAAUUACAUUAUGGAGAAGUCCAUUUUCGUCAUAAUCGAUCCAUAUCCUACCAUAAUGCCUGGAGAACCAGGCUUGCUUAGGUUUCCAAUCUAGCUUACUAUGCUAAGUGCGAAGGAAUUUCUCUAAGAUCAUACAAGCUAGCUAGAAGGUGAAAUUUGGAAAUGGCUAUGAACAACAGACAUUUUCGCAUAUAUGUUUUACCCCUCCAUUUGCUACCCAUGUCCCUUCAUCCCCAUCCUCAUCCUUGUCCAAAUCUUUUGCCUUCUUGUGCCACCAUCCUUUGUUCUCUUUGCUUUUCUCUUCUACUCUGCAUAGGCACUAUGUGGAACCCUAGUUGCUCACAAAAUGUGGCCAUUUUUUAAAACUCUUGGUUCCAUUUUUGAAGUUAUGCAUAAAACAAACUAUAUGUAGUAAUAGAAGUUUCAUCUUCUUUUCCAUUUUAUUCUAUCUUGUUUUAUUAAUUUGUAUUUAUAAUUGAUUAAGUAGUAUUUUCUUCAUUAACUUCUAUAAUUUUUAGAUUUAGGAGGAAAUGUAUGUGUAUAUUAUUUAUCUAGAUCUACUUAUGAACAAUACGUGGUGAAUAGUUAACAAGACUUGGUAAAUUCAAGAAAUUACUUGAUUGAGUGAUCCACAUGGAUGAUCUAACGAAUGAUGAUUGAAGGAUAUUGAUUUUUAGAUUUUGCUGAUUGGGAUAUGCUAACAAAUUCUAACUUUGGCUUAAUUAUAACCUGAGGUAGCAAUUUUUUUUAUUAAAUAAUUGAAUAUGUUUGAAAUUUGUGGUUUUGCCAACUUCCUGUCAUAUCUCAUGGAGGAAAGUUUUGUCUUUAGCUAAAACCAAAUGUCUGCUUUUGUUAGUAUUCUUCUGUGAAGCUUAGAAUGGACUUCCUUCCAUAUUUAUAUUUAAGAUAAAGAUGUUAUCCAACUACUGCUUAAUAGUUUUGAAAAUAACAAAGUAAAUUUUCAAGUGAUGUUCUGAAUUGUCUUGUCGAAUAGUACAUCUAUGGUUACAAGUACUUUUAUGAAGUUGAUGGAUUUAAAGAAGGCACACUGGGGUUGGUCAUGGGUCUAUUACCAACUAUCAGGAAUUUGGAAUGAGUGAGGGUAUUCUUAGUGAAAGCUAUGAGAAAUUUCACCCUCAGCUAAGUGAUUAUUAACAGAUGAGAUGACAGAGUCUGCUGUCUAGUAGCUCUCUUAGAUGACACAGUCUGCUUUCUAGUAACUUUCUUACACAAUGUUUUAGAAAAGGACUGAUGCCAGCCCAUGUCAGUCACUGGAUGUUACAACACCUUUAUCGACAAACUGUUCAGCCAGUACUCUGCUGUAUCCGUAUGAGUGGGUAUGUAGCCAUCAUUAUGGGCUGUACUGAUGCUACUUGAAUCCUUGCUCUUAUAUGCUCAAUCAGUUUUGGUGGAUUUUUGGUAUCUUGCUAUUCAUGAUCUUCUUUCUCAAUUUUUUUUUCUGGGUGUAAUUUAAAGGUUUCUCAGCAUUAUACUUGUUCCACUAGUCUAUAACAUAUCAAAGAAAUGAAAGUUUUAAAAUUUGGAAUAUAUCGUUAGGAUUUUGUA